UAUCCCAUACAUUUUCUUUCUCUUUUCCCUUUUUGGUCAUGGAAGCCAAGAAUUGCAACAUUAACUCCUUAAUUUGAUCUGUUUCCGAUCAUUUGUUCAAGAAAAAAAAAUAAACACAAUGGUUAGCUGUGCCGUAUGUGGCGGUUGCCCCUCCGACUAUGUAGCUGUUUCCAUCGCCAUCUUCUCCAUGAUAUCACUUAUUGUGAAGUCGACUUUUCCGUUUUUGAUGCACAAGGUUCCAAUUGCAAAAGGAAGUGCCUUUUGGAUUCCGGUUAUUCAAGUUAUUGCCAGCUUCGACUUUCUGUUAUCAAUUGUGAUGGCACUUAACUUUCUUAAAUUCCAAAGGAGCCAUUGGUGGUUGUCAUGCUAUGUUUGGGCAGUAUGGCUUGAAGGUCCACUUGGAUUUGGUUUGUUGUUGAGCUGCCGCUUAGCACAGGCAUUUCAACUAUACUAUGUAUUUGUCAAGAGGCGUUUACCACCAAUUAGAUCUCAUAUGUUUCUUCCAUUGAUUCUUUUGCCAUGGGUUGCAGGCGCUGCAUUUAUUCACGAAAAGAAACAUCUCAAUUACAGAUGUCACUUGGGAACUCAUUGGAUAAUCCCCGUUGUAUCUCUUCACACAUUAUAUGUUUCCGUUUUGAUGGGGUUCACUGGGGCCAUUCGACACAUAGAGUUUAGGUUUGAUGAACUCAGAGACCUUUGGCAAGGAAUACUUGUCUCAGCAUCACUAAUUGGAGUUUGGGUUUCUGCUUACAUCUUAAAUGAAAUUCAUGAUGAUAUCUUAUGGCUUCAAGUGGUCUCCAGAUUUAUUCUUUUACUUACGGCAAGCAUUCUUGUGCUGGUUUUCUUCUCCAUAUCAAUUUCACAGCCUCUGCUCUCACAAAUCAGCUUGAGAAAAAGGGAACCUCUAGAACUCAAAACAAUGGGUCAAGCUCUGGGGAUACCAGAUAGUGGAAUGCUAUUACAAAGAGAAGUGGCUGUUGAUGUUGAUCCUAAUGACCCAUUGGAUAAGCUUCUUCUGAACAAACGGUUUCGUCAGUCUUUUAUGGCAUUUGCAGACAGUUGUUUGGCUGGGGAAAGUGUGCAUUUCUUUGAUGAGGUGCACGAGCUUGGCAAACUUCCAAUAGAUGACCCAGUAAGAAGGAUCUACAUGGCGCGUCAUAUCAUUAACAAAUACAUAAUAGCAGGUGCAGCAAUGGAAAUUAACAUAUCUCAUCGAAUCCGGCAAGAAAUCUUGACCACCAGUGACCUAACACAUCCGGAUCUCUUCACCAAUGCACUAAAUGAACUGAUACAGUUGAUGAAAAUGAACUUGGCAAAAGAUUAUUGGUCAUCCAUGUACUUCAUGAAAUUCAAAGAGGAAGCCAGAAUGAGAUGCUGUGGGCAUGAAAUGGAAGAGAUGAGAGUGUAUAAUUUCUCUCCCAGGUUGAGUUGUGUUCAUGCUAGUGACGAUCCCUUUCAGCAGGACCAAUUUUCAAGUAGAUUUACCCAAGAUAUUCAUGCUUCAUCACAUUGAACUGCCUGCCCUUGCUGUUUUCUCUAAAGUUAUAUUACACAUGGCUAUGAAUAUAUGAUGUUGCUAGAGGUGAAUCAGUCUGUCCCAUGGAUUUCACACUU